AUGCCUUCUGCAUCAUCGUCGUCGUGGUUGUCGUCUGAAAUCACAGACUCGGACGAAUGCAUCCGUUCUACAGCCGAGUAUACUGCAAUCUCGUCAAACAGCUCGUCGAUCAAUCCUCUUGGAGAGAUUUCUAAUGAUUUAUCGAUUAUCGACGAUCUAUAUCUUUCGACUAAGCUGUUGACGUCAUCCACUGUAAGUCUCAUCGAGCGAUCGCUCGGCUCCAAAAUCAUACGAACCUGA